AGCGGGACUUGCAUCGCUCCCAAGCUUCCCGAGCUGCUGACGUCAGCUGGCAGCCUGGGCUGUACUCGCAGCACUGGACAUAGAGCCGAGAAAAUGCUACUCUCCGUUCCGCCAAGGGCAGACUUCAAUCCAUACAUCGGCUAUAACAGCAGAAACAGCAAAAAGCAGUCAUAUGUGUCCUCCAGCCACCAGAUGGCACCCCCCAGUCCCAACACCAACAGCAGCAGCAACAGCAGUGUCGGGGGAGUGGAUCAGCUGAGUAAAACGAACCUGUACAUCCGCGGUCUUCACCCCGGGACUACAGACCAGGACCUGGUUAAGCUAUGCCAGCCGUAUGGGAAGAUUGUUUCCACCAAGGCCAUCCUGGACAAAACCACCAACAAGUGCAAAGGCUAUGGCUUUGUGGACUUUGACAGUCCGACAGCGGCCCAGAAAGCAGUGACCUCCCUGAAGUCCAGUGGUGCCCAGGCUCAGAUGGCCAAGCAACAGGAGCAGGACCCCACCAACCUGUACAUCUCCAACCUGCCUGUGUCCAUGGACGAGCAGGAGCUGGAGAGCAUGCUCAAGUCCUUCGGCCAGGUCAUCUCCACACGCAUCCUCCGCGAUGCCAACGGGAUCAGCCGUGGCGUUGGCUUUGCCAGGAUGGAGUCCACAGAGAAGUGUGAAGCCAUUAUUCAACAUUUUAAUGGCAAAUUCAUUAAGACUCCACCAGGAGUUCCAGUGCCCCCUGAACCAUUAUUGUGCAAGUUUGCAGACGGGGGACAGAAAAAGAGGCAGAACCAGGGGAAGUACCUUCAGAAUGGCAGGCCCUGGGCCAGGGAUGGAGAGAUGGGAGGGAUGACGCUAGCAUAUGACCCCACAGCCUUACAGAAUGGGUUCUAUUCGUCACCCUACGGUCUGACCCCAAACCGGAUGAUCGCCCAGACGUCCCUUUCUCCCUACAUGCAUUCACCCAUCUCAUCCUUCCAGCUACAUAGUCCCUCCUGGAUGCACCACCAGUACCUCAUGCAGCCUGCAGGCACAGUCCUGACUCCGACCAUGGACCAUGCUAUGUCCAUCCAGCCCACCUCCAUGAUGGGCACCAUGACCCAGCAGCUCAGCCACCUAUCCCUGGGCGGCACGGGCACGUUUAUGCCUGCCAACACAACUAUGCAGGGGACAUACAUCCCCCAGUACCAACCAGUGCCUCCCUCCAGUGUCCCUGUAGAGGAGAACGGAGGACAACAGCAACAGGUUGCUAUGGAGACACCUGCAGAACACACAAACUACUCAUACCAGCACACCAAGUGAAGCUAAGGUGUGUGUUUUGCAGCUGGUGAUCAGGAGGCCAUAUUGCAGACUGAACCCCAGAGAGUUGCUUCGCUACAGGAGGACAGCAGAGCUCCACACAACACCACCAAGCCUCGGACUUGAACACGGAUGACAAAAGCAACACGUGUGUGCUUUAAAAAACACGUGUGUGCUUUUAAACACUUAUUUCGUUGGGACUUUUCCUCUCUCUUCUUCAAGGAUCGAUCAACCAAAGGUGGGAGCCUUCUGCAAUGGAAGCUUUGAUGUCUUUUAAUAACUGAAAAAAGAAAGAAUGUUGAACAAAGAAACAAAUUAGGAAAGGGAUAAAGACAGAGCAUUAUUUUUGUGCAUGUAAUAUAGCAAAUUUGUAUUUUUAAAAAAGCAUUCUGGAGUUUCAGAGUGAUACAAGGAAAAGAGUAACAACACAAUGUGUCUUUAAUUUUUGGGUAAAAUAUGCAAAAAUGUAUUUUAAUUGUUUUAUGUCUGUUUUUUGACAUUCUAUUCACAGCAGUUGGACAAUGUUUUGUACAGAUUUUAAAAAGUAAAAAACAAACAUUUAGUUGGUAUAAUAUUUCUAGUGUAGGCUACUUUUAAGAAUGGAAAAUGCGAAACACACCGUUUAAAGCUACUUCUCCCUUAAACUGAUCCAGUAAGGCUAAGUUCAGUUAACUCACUGGCAGAUGGUUACAUGAAUUAUUUAUAAAUUAUUUAAAAUAACGUCAAACUUAAACCUUAUAAAGCAUUCCCUUCAUAAACAUUCAGAAUGUGUUAUGAGCAGAGGACAAUCAUGAUCAUUCUUAUUUAUAUGUACAUCAUAGUUCUAUUUUUGAUAUUUGGAAAUAUUCAAACAUGUCACUUGCGUAUUGUGUAGAUUUUAUUUAAUUAAAUUCUUUAUUUAACAAGUCCGGUAAAAGCCAAACACUGGCAAUAAACAUAUUAUCACUUGUAAAAUAAUUCAUAGGAGCUAAAUUAUAUAAAAAAGUUUAAAAAAUCUGAUAUUAUUGUAAAACUAUAUUAUGAGAAAAAAUGUACUAUUGUUUUUUUGGUUAUAAUGCAAUAUGACACAUCCAAAUUUCACCUUCUAUUUAAAAAAAACUUGAGACAAAUUGGAUUGUCUGAAAGUUACAAUAUUAUUUUCAACAUUGAAUAAAUGAUUACUAUUACCAUACUAUACAAUAACAAGGCCCUCUCUCUAUAUUCAAAGGAAAAAUAAGACAGUACAUAAAAUGCAAACUCUUUUGAAAUUAUUACCUACAUUUAUUCACUGCAAUUAUGCUUGAAUUCACAGAUAAUAUAAUAAAUAUUCUACAAAAUAGUUGACCUGGUUUAUGUGUUGGGUGCGAGAGUUCAUGUCCCAACAGUGUCCAUAAGAAGUGGUUUUAAGCGGUUUUGUUCUGGUAGCUGUUCAGAUGUCCAUAGUGAAUUUGACCUUUUGUACAAAGUAGACAGACAAAUAAUUGGACAUGCCUUAGAAUUGAGCAGUUGGAUUAGUAUGAGAUAUGUGUACAAAAAGAGUGCAAUUGUUUUGAUUUAAAAAGCAAAACAACGAGGGGAGUUAAAAGUAGGUCUAAAAGGAGUCCUUAAUAGCAGUCCUUUGUUGUUGAGAAAGGGAGCUACAAGUAUUUAUCAAUGCUGCUGUUGUCUCCGGAGUUUUAAUUUCUGACAAUGAGUUGUAUUUUACAAUUUUUUUAGAAAAAGUAAAGUAUGUUUUCUCUUUUUGGGCUUUCACUUGAACCCUUCUGAGCUAUCAUACCUUUUGUUGUCGUUCUAAAACAUAUUUUAUAUUAAUUUCUUUACAGUAAUCUAGAUUUUAUAAGUAGGGAAAGAUCUUUCCAAGAGUUUAGAUGUAAGCUUUUUUUAUUUUGUAGGAGAUUCAUAGGAUUUUUUUUGAUUGUGUUCGUGCAUUUCCACAUGGUCCAUACAAACACAGAGAUGAUUUUGUGUUUCUUCAAGUUGAUUUCCGUUCCAGAGCACUGUGUUGCUCACUAUGAUAUCAUUUUUCAGGCCCGUGUGAAAUAGUUUUUAACUAAAACGCGUCCACAUCUAUCCUAGAGACACUAAAUUAAACUCAAUGACAACCAUGCCACCUUGCCCACCUUCCCAGAUCAGUCCAGUGGAGAUGUACGUGUCUAGGGUAAACACAUUCUAUUGUAUCUGUCAGAGAGAAUGAUGAUGCUACCCAGAAAACACAUAACAUAACAUGAAAGUGCCAUUCAAAACUAACUGUCCCAUAACAAACUGUUCCACAGAAGUUAACUUAACAUUGGAUGAAUUCAUUCUAGUUUCAACAAAGACAAACAUUUGUGAAAUUGGCGGGUUUUGUUAGGAAUUCUGACCAGUGUUUCUAAGCCUUAAUUGUAACAUACUUCAGAAGGGGAACCCUGUUUCUCCUCAUUGAUGGCAAUUCCUUUCAAUCAUGGUUGAGGGUAUGGCCAAGAAAAGAUCAUACAGAUGCCAUCAAUAUCAGAUGUUAUGUUGUCAUAAUAUUAUAAAGGGCUGAGUUUAACACACCUGGUUAAAACCUAGUGUUACCCUAGUAAACAUCCCCCCCAUCACACUUGAUCUCGGGUUUUCGUCAUUGUUCAGGAUGGAUGACAUCAAAGUUACUGUUUCUUCUUCAUUGUGCAUCUCUGAACCUCUCUCCACCUACCAAAUGUUUUUUUUUAUGAUGAUUUAUGUCUGCAACACCAAAGAUGAUGAAGCCAUCCAACUGUCAGGAAAGUCAGACUUUCUAUCUUGGAGACAAAUGCUGCUCUCGUCUCUAUUGGCAUACGUAACUAGAACGAUGCUGUAGUAACAUCCUCUCAAAGUGGCAGUACCCUGGUAGAUGGUAAACAAGCAAUAUGUUUCACUUAAGUUCUGAAUGUGUUGAGUGUUGAAUAGAGAGUCGUAGAUAUGUGUGCUUUGUUUUAUCGACAUAUGCUCGUUUCAGUUUGGUACACCCAAAGAAAGACCAGUGUAUGGUGUCUUUAAUACAGAGAACAGGGGCAGGGGCCUACUUUGCUUUUUUAGUGUCAAUGAUGAGAGCUGAGCAUUUAUCUCUUUCUGUAAGGACUAGAACUUUUGUAUGUGCUCUUUUUGGUUGAGCAGUUGUCAAAACCAUAGUUAUUUCCUGUUUCCACUUCUGUUGAGUGUUUUGUGUGCCUUGUGAUCUGUCCAGAAAAUACAAAAGUGAUCACUUGCAGGUUUUAAGCUACAGUGCACCUCAUGAAGGAACAUGUGAGAAUGUUGUGAGAAUGUAGUACUAGUCAGGUAAUCCAUUAUGUCAUUAUGAUGAAUGCUGUUAAAGUCAUCCAAAAUACAUAUUUGUUAGUCAUCUUCAGACCUAAAAGCAGUCUAUUGUCAAGGUGACUCUAUCUGUUCUGUAGAUCCAAAUAUAGAUUUUGGAGUGAACGAUCACUUUAAGUUACACUCUCCACAAUGAACUGUAAAUCAUUGUCUGAGCGAGCACGCUUUAGGCUAUUGUAUUUUCCUUGCUGCGUAUCUUUGACAGGUAUCUUGUAAUACUUCGGAAAAAUACUAAAAACAGGAUGUGCAACAAAUGUUGAACUUGCACUUAUUUUCAAUCCAUGUUUAUGUACAUGAAAACCCUAAUACCUAGCAUUCUCUUGUCUUUGUCUUCGCUUGUUGUCCAGAUCAUGUAGCUUCAAUGGCUAAUGUCAUAGUUUCAAAAUGUUUUGCUGCUAAAAUGGGAUGUCCAAGCAGUGGAGAGAUGGGAGCCAAAUUGGAUGUUCAAAAUUGUCUUACUUAAACGUAGUAAAUUGGAUUCAAGUAUAGUUAACAUGAGCACAUUUUUUAUUAUAUUUUAGACACAUUUUGUGAAAGUUGUACUCAGAGAUAACACGCUAUUUGAUAGUUGUUUUGGAAUCUCUUCGGUAAUUCACCAACUUUGUGUGAGAAAUCUGACAUUUUGAACAUACUGCCUCAUCUCGCUCACUGCUUGUAAACAUUUUCCUUAUUUAUACAAGAACACAUUUUGUACAGUUUGUUAAAGGGGAGAGGUUUCGUUAUUUGGUUAGUUUGCUAGUAAGCUGGUUAGUCACUUGGCUACUUCGUCUUCCUGUGACAGAGAUGCUCAAGUAACCCUUGUUUUUAUUAAUUGGAAAUAUAUGUUUUGUUUCCUUUCUGUCUUGGUUUUACUCUUUGAAUAUGAAUAUGUCAAUUUUCUUUUUUAAUAAAAAAAAUCUUGUUUUUAAUGGUUGUAUUCCAAAACAGUUCCAAGAAUACAAUGGGGGAAAAAGACACAAGUCAAUUACAUAAAUACCAAGUUUAUUUUAGUGUUGAACAAAUUGUAUUGUGUUUGUUCAAUAUAAAUGUUUCAUGUGGUAAGCAAAGUGUUUGAUACCCAUGAAAAAGGUGCAAGCUCCUUCCUCUUUAGGUUAUCAUAGUAAUACCCAAACAUAAUUGUAUUGACCAAGCCUUGACAUUGUAAUAAUGCUACUGCAUUCAAAAUGCCAUACAUUGCCCUCUCAGUUAAGUCACAAUAGAACUUGUAACUGAUAAACCAAUAUUCUGAUCUAAUAUGAUCGUUCAUUUCACUUCUUCCCUUUUGAUUUAAAGUGAUUCUGUAUGUAUCUGUAUGGAUCUGUAUGUAUCUGUAUGUAUCUGGGUAUGUAUCUGUGUAGCUAAAAGCUACUCCUACAAGAUGCAGAGCCUUCACGUCCAUAUAGAAACCACUCUAACCACAUUGUAGUCUCAAACUUUAUCUUGCCAUACCUGGAACCGUGGGAAUAUAUAUAUAGCAUCAUCUAUAAAGAUUGACAAAAUAACUGACAAUAGAAUAAACUCUAGCGAACAUAUUUGAAGAUACUCUGUCGUAUCAAAACUACAAUUAAAUGUUUUUAACUCAACCCUG